GUAUCCAGGGACAAUCAGACUAGACAAAUACAAGAUGCCGUUUCAAAUGUGGAAAAACAUUUUGGUGAAUUGUGCCAAAUAUUUGCUGGAUAUGUACGAAAAACUGCCAGACUACGAGACAAAGCAGAUCUUCUAGUAAAUGAAAUAUAUGCAUAUGCAGCCACAGAGACACCAAAUCUAAAAGUUGGACUGAAAAACUUUGCAGAUGAAUUUUCCAGACUUCAGGAUUAUCGCCAGGCAGAGGUUGACAGGCUUGAAGCCAAGGUUGUUGAACCUCUGAAAAGUUACGGGACCAUAGUGAAACUUAAAAGGGAUGAUCUUAAAGCAACUUUAACAGCAAAGAACCGAGAAGCCAAGCAAUUAUCUCAACUGGAAAAGACACGUCAGCGGAAUCCAUCAGAUCGACACAUUAUUUCACAGGCUGAAAGUGAAUUGCAGAGAGCUUCACUGGAUGCAACUCGAACAACUCGGCAAUUAGAGGAAACUAUUGAUAACUUUGAGAAACAGAAAAUAAAGGACAUAAAAAACGUAUUUUCUGAAUUUAUAACUAUUGAAAUGUUAUUCCAUGGGAAAGCUUUAGAGAUAUAUACUGCUGCCUACCAAAAUAUCCAAAAUAUUGAUGAAAACGAAGAUUUAGAGGUUUUUCGGAGCUCGCUUUAUCCACCAGACUAUCAAUCUCGCUUAGACAUAGUUCGUGCAAAUUCAAAGUCCCCCCUGCAAAGAACUGGCUCCCUAAAAUCUUCAUUGAGGACAAUACCGAUUUCCAGCAGUAUGCUAAGAAAAGAUGAAGAAGAGGAGGAGGAGGAGGAAGAUGAAGAUGAGGAAGAGGAGGAGGAGGAGGAUGAAGAGGAAUUAGAUGCUGCUAAAGAAGUGAGAUAA